AACGAUGACUUACUGUUUGCUGAUUGCGCUUAGACUUUGUUAGAAUACUUUUCGCUCAUGUGAUGUAAGACAAACAUGAGUUUCAAAUUGUUUUGUUCAAUUAUCACUGUUGCUACUUGGAGCUAUGGAGUUUGUGGGCUCUAUAAUAAGGACGUAGUUUGCGUCUUGGAUAAGGGCGAAGAACCUGUAUGCAAAGUCCAACGAAGGAUUAAUGAAGUAAAAGCUCCCACGGAUGAAUUUAUUCCAUCAUAUGACCCUUACAUACCAAGGUCCAACGUAAAGUUGUACAAUUGCUCCGAAACAGUGUGCAAUGCAUUAAAACUAGAAUCCAUAGCUCAGAUCACAUCCCCCGUUAUGUUCUUGCAAUCAUGCUAUUUAAAAGCACCCGAGAAGUACGAAUGCGAGAGAGUAAGAUACAACUAUUUAAAAAAUAUCGACAAAUUACUUUUCUUGAAAAAUACUAUGCCCGACAAGCAGUUUUACAUGGUUGAUUGUUUAGUUUAUAAGAACGGUGAGCGUGUUUGUCAUAGCAAGGACAGUGUCGACUCUCAUGCAAAAUUAGUAGACGCUGGGAAAACAGUGAAACCGAACGAGCUAGCCAUACUGUCGCAGGAUGAAUUCGUAUGUCAACAGAGCGCAGAAGAAGAAGUCCUCUGCGAUCUCAACCCUUAUAUACCUUUUGCCACAGGGCUUAAGUUCAAGGAAUCCCCAAAAAUCGUACCAGAAGUUCUUCUAAAAACUAAGAAAUUUUUCGUUCUGCUUAAAUUAAAGUGCUGGAAUCCGUGGUGUGGAUACACCGGCCGAGUAUUAAAAACAAGGAGACAAAUGUUUUCAUACAAACCUCCCGGUGGUGAUAUUUACCGUUGUUUUUAUGCUAAAAGACAGCAGAUUUGCAAGAGAAUUUCAAGCGUAUAUGAAGAGCGAGGAUAUCUAGUGGGUCAAUAAUAUUGUUUAAACUUGAUUAAUAAAAAUAGUCUCAAAAAGCAUUUUUAAACCAGCCCUAACCACAUUUCCUUGGAGCGAAAUACCAUAAGGCGAAGUGAAAGUGAAUCGGGUCAUACUGGCCGCCAUAAAAUUACAUACGGUGGUCCCAUUAUGUUAUUAUUACGAUUGAUUUCGUCAUUGCAACAAAGGACUGGGUUCUGUUCUUUCCCAAUUAUUUCGUUCUAUAUUUUUGUGCUUUAAAGUUUGCAACAUGGUAUACCUAAGAACCCAAAAUGUUUUUGGUCAUAAUAAAUAGAUUUGCUAACGAUAA